AUAUUAAAGAAGAGGCCUCUGAAGAACAGACUCCUAAUGUGUACCAGCAAGAGCUCCAGCUACUCCACAUAAAGGAGGAAGAUGAAAUAAUCUGCUGCAGCCAGGAAGGAGAACAACUCAAGUUCAAGGAAAAGACUGAACAUACCAGGUUUCCAUUAACUGUUUAUAUGAAGAGUGAAGAGGAUGAAGAGAAACCUCUAUGUUCUUACUUUCCUCAACAGCAAAACGAAGUCAGUGUAUUUCCAACCAGCAAUUCAGCUGACUAUAUUCAAGGGAAAAUGAAAGAUGAUGACUCAAAUGUUGGUUCAAUGAAAAAACUUAUAACGAAAAAGAUCACAAUCCACACUAGGGAGAAAUCCUUUGGGUGUGAUGCAUGUGGUAAAAGCUUUUCCUAUAAGUCACAUUUAAAAGGACAUAUGAGAAUCCAUACAGGAGAAAAAAAUUUUAGUUGUGAUGAUUGUGGAAAAAGAUUUUCUUCAAAGUCAUAUAUGAGAAAACAUGUUAGGAUCCACACAGGAGAGAAACCUUUUGGUUGUGAUGAUUGUGGAAAAAGAUUUUCUUUUAAGCCAGAUUUGACCAAACAUGUUAGGAUCCACACAGGAGAGAAACCUUUUGGCUGUGAUGAUUGUGGAAAAAGAUUUUCUUCAAAGUCAUAUAUGAGAAAACAUGUUAGGAUCCACACAGGAGAGAAACCUUUUGGUUGUGAUGAUUGUGGGAAAAGAUUUUCUUUUAAGCCAGAUUUGACCAAACAUGUUAGGAUCCACACAGGAGAGAAACCUUUUGGUUGUGAUGAUUGUGGAAAAAGAUUUUCUUCAAACUCAGAUCUGACCAAACAUGUUAGGAUCCACACGGGAGAGAAACGUUUUGGUUGUGAUGAUUGUGGAAAAAGAUUUUCUUCAAACUCACAUCUGACCAAACAUGUUAGGAUACAUACGGGAGAGAAACAUUUUGGUUGUGAUGAUUGUGGAAAAAGAUUUUCUUCAAACUCACAUCUGACCAAACAUGUUAGGAUCCACACGGGAGAGAAACGUUUUGGUUGUGAUGAUUGUGGGAAAAGAUUUUUUAUGAAGUCUCAUUUAAAUAUACACACAAGGAGCCACACAGGAGAGAAACCUUUUGGUUGUGAUGUUUGUAGAAAAAGAUUUUUCACUAAGUCAGAUUUAAAUAUACACACGAGGAGCCACACAGGCGAGAAACCUUUUGGUUGUGAUGCAUGUGGGAAAAGAUGUUUCUCAAAAUCAGACUUAAAUAAGCAUCUUAGAAUCCACACAGGAGAAAAACCUUUUGGUUGUGAUAAUUGUGGAAAAAGGUUUUUUAUAAAGUCACAUUUAAAUGCACACGAAAAGAUCCGCACAGGAGAUAAACCCCUUAGUUGUGAUGAUUGUGGAAAAAGAUUUUUUAUAAAGUCACAUUUAAAUGCACACAAAAGGAUUCACACAGGAGAUAAACCUUUUAGUUGUGAUGAUUGUGGAAAAAGAUUUUUUAUGAAGUCUCAUUUAAAUAUCCACAAAAGGAGUCACACAGGAGAGAAGCCUUUUGGUUGUGACAUAUGUUGUAAAAGAUAUUUCUCUAAGUAUGAACUUAAUAGACACAUGAGAAGCCACACGGGAGAGAAACCCUUUGACUGUGAUGAUUGUGGGAAAAGUUUUUCCUUCAAGUCAGUUUUAAAAAGACACAGGAGGAGCCACACAGGAGAGAAGCCUUUUGGUUGUGAUGAUUGUGGAAAAAGAUUUUUAAGCAAGACAUAUUUGAAUAGUCACAUGAAAACCCACACUGGAGAUAAACCUUUUGGUUGUGAUGACUGUGGAAAAAGAUUUUCAAGAAAGGCUCAUUUAAAUAAACACAUUAGAAGCCACACAGGAGAGAAACCUUUUAGUUGUGAUGCAUGUGGGAAAAGAUGUUUCUCAAAAUCAGACUUAAAUCAGCAUCUUAGAAUCCACACAGGAGAAAAACCUUUUGGUUGUGAUGACUGUGGAAAAAGAUUUUUUAUAAAGUCACAUUUAAAUGCACACAAAAGGAUCCACACAGGAGAUAAACCUUUUAGUUGUGAUGAUUGUGGAAAAAGAUUUUUUAUAAAGUCACAUUUAAAUGCACACAAAAGAAUCCACACAGGAGAUAAACCUUUUAGUUGUGAUGAUUGUGGAAAAAGAUUUUUUAUGAAGUCUCAUUUAAAUAAACACAAAAGGAACCACACAGGAGAGAAGCCUUUUGGUUGUGACAUAUGUUGUAAAAGAUAUUUCUCUAAGUAUGAACUUAAUGGACACACAAGGAGCCACACGGGAGAGAAACCCUUUGACUGUGAUGAUUGUGGGAAAAGUUUUUCCUUCAAGUCAGCUUUAAAAAGACACAGGAGGAACCACACGGGAGAGAAGCCUUUUGGUUGUGAUGAUUGUGGAAAAAGAUUUUUAAACAAGACAUAUUUGAAUAGUCACAUGAAAACCCACAAUGGAGAUAAACCUUUUGGUUGUGAUGACUGUGGAAAAAGAUUUUCAAGAAAGGGUCAUUUAAAUAAACACAUGAAAAGCCACACAGGAGAGAAAGCUUUUAGUUGUGACAUGUUGUAAAAGAUAUUCCUCAAAGUCAGAGCUAAAUAGAUACAUGAGAAGCCCCACAUGAGAGAAACCUUUUGGCUGUGACGAUUGUGGAAAAAGAUUUUUCAUUAAGUCAACAUUAAACAUACACAUUAGAAGCCACUCAGGAGCCACACAACACUUUGGUUGUGAUACAUGUGGGAAAAAUGUUUUUCAAAGACGGACUUAAAUAGACAUACAAAAAUUCACACCAGAAAGAAACCCUUUGGUC